AUGUCAGAAAAACCAUCUAAUAUUAAGAGUAUAUCAGAAACAUCCGUUGAAUUCAUUACCAAUGACGUAGAUAUACUUUCUGAUGAAGAACUUUCUGACGAAGAUUAUGAUAAAGAUGAUGAUCCUACAACCAUUAGUUAUGAACCACCAAGUGAUCAACAGCAUAGGCAUUUGCCCGGAAAUUCAGUUUCACCCUCAAAUGCAAACAAAGGCUCAAAUACGGACAACUCUUCUGAAGAAUCUCAAGUAGUUCAUUCCGAAUUUCAAAAAAUGGCAGAAGUUGCAAACCAGGAAGGUGAAUUGGCGGAUUUUUCCCCUCAACCCGAUUUUCCUACACAUAAAUCGACAUCUAACAAAAAAAGGAAUUGUGAAGCCUCAACACCAGCAAAUGAGAUGAACGAUAACGACCAGGCAACGUCAUCAACUUCGAUCGGCUUAUCUCCUGAAAAUAAGAGAGUCAAGCUCAAAGCAUCAGGCGAACAAUUGCCUAAUUUGACAUUCAUUAUCUAUAAAAAUCCAUCUAAUCGAAAGGGAACUAAUGCUACUAGUUUCUCUGCGCCUACUCUUAAUAUACCAACGUCGACGCAAGGUGGACAGAUAUCUACAACGACUGUCGGAACAUCCUUAGCUUCAGCGCUUGGGGUCCAAAUUCCCGCUAAAACUAUAGCACCGACAAAUCCUAGCUCUGUUGGUACUAGUGCCUCUUCGAGUAACAACGGUACUCAAAUAUCAGUUACUAACACAACUGGUGCAGCAGUGGGGCAACCUCCUGUAUCAUUGGGAUCCAAUAUUCGCCCCAAUAUUCCUCAAAAAGUGAAUGCAUUAUGGAGUGGUCAUAUUGUAUGGUCGGCCCAGACCGGAUUAAACCGCGAGCUUAUUUGUCAUGUGACUGCUUUCCCCUGGAAAACUGGCCCUUUUUCUGUGAAUGAUUACAUGAUACAGGUUUGGCCUGAUAAUAUGGAAAUUUCCGGCAUAAAUCUUGCGAAAAACUUUCUGAGGGACGCAGCUUUACAAAAUCACGAACCUCAACGUGUUGUUUUAUUUUUUCCAACUUUAAACCCUCAAGCAUCUCAAGACAAUCACGACACAUUUAUGGGAUUAUUGCGCAUAUUGGAAAGUACAAAAUUGGCUGGUUUCGUACGUUUCUCUAAUGCGCCUAAUCCAAACGGAGGAAUAGUUCUUUUUACGACAGAAACAGGGAUGAAUACAACAGGGUUAAGACUUAUUGGGUUACUUUUCUUAGAUUCAUCAUUGCCAACAAGCGUGACUGUUUCUUCUCAGCCACAACAAACACAACUACCUAUCCAAAAUGCCCAGACGCUACAACAAUUGCAAAGAAUUCAACAACAAUUACUAAUGCGCCAGCAACAGCAGCAGCCAAUCCAAACUACACAAAUGAUACCGACAUCGACAUUACUACAGUUACAACAAUUGCAACACAGACAGGUUAAUCCGGCCGCCACUGCCGCAAUGCUACAGCAACCAUCGACCGCAGAUAUGAUUAAUCUUCGUCGUAAUGUCACAACUGCUUGCCAAAAUUGUCAACGUCGAAGAAUAAAGUGUUCGGGCGGAACCCCUUGCACCUAUUGCUUAAAGUUGGACCGUGAGUGUCAACCCGGGAAACCUGGAAAAAAACGUGGCCGACCUUCCGGGGAAGAAAUUAUAAGAAGUCGAAAUAGUAGGUUGGAAAGCAUCAUUAACGAUGCUGUUAGGGAUUCAAAGAAACGUGAAGUAUUAAUGAAUGUUGAAGGAAUAGAACCUGAAGUUCGACAUGGAAUUGAUCUAUUAAGAUAUAGAGAUGAAAAUGAACUUCAAGCUGCGCAAGGUUCCAACCCACGUACGCAACCUCUGGAUAUGUUAUAUCAGUUAUAUCAACACCUCAGCAACAACAACAACACUAGUUGUAAAGUUGAUUAUAUAACCACUUAUACCGACUGUCAUACGCAAACAACACCUUUAUGGCGUCGUAAUCCUGAAGGUCAACCAUUGUGCAAUGCUUGUGGGCUGUUCCUUAAACUUAAUGGUAUCGUAAGACCUUUAAGUCGUAAAAUAAAUACUAUUAAAAAACGUAAUCGAAAUGUGGGUACUGUUGCUGCUGGUGGUGUGAGCAUGGGAGUUAUAGGAAAACAAAUGUCUCUGUCAAAUUCAAUGGUAACAAGAACACAAAAUGGUAAUUAUCCAGUCCCAGCACCGAGACAAAGAUUUUCGGGUGAUGAGCAACAGUUAACCGCAUCAACAGAGAAAAGAUGGUGA